AUGUCAGCUUAUUCCAGCUCUGUGAUGGGCCCCACAGCGGAGGAGGGCCCUCUGGCGCAGCUCGCCCACACAGCCCACCGGCGGGAGAAGCGCUGCUCCUGUGAGAACCACAAAGACAAGGAGUGUGUCUACUUCUGCCACAUCGGCAUUGUCUGGGUCAACACGCCCAACCAGGUGGUUCCAUACGGAGUCGGUUCGGUCCGACUCAGGAGGGAACUGGGCCGGUGUCUCUGCACAGACAGACGGGACGCCGAGUGUGUCCACUUCUGCUCCAUCCUUCAAACACACACAGACAGCGAAAAUGCGUCGGUCAAGAGGAAGACUGGCAAGCCUCAGAAGAGAUACAAGGCAGCAUUCUGGGAAAAAAGGAGCCGACACACACUCAACAAACACCAGACCUGA